CCAGUAGUUGGCGGUAAUGUAGCGUUUUGGAUGCAAACCGCCGAUAUAAAGCAAAGAAGAAGAAGAACGUCACGUUUGUUGUGUAAAUUCUAACCAGCUAGCUUGGCUAACCCACCACAUGUCUUUAAGAUUAUCUUAUAGACUGCAGGACGACAGUAGCUCUAAGUGUUGUUACUGCGAGGGACGCUAACAAUGCAAACGGACGAGGAUGUGUGUGUUCAUGGACGCUGUCAGUGAAGAGCUUUAGCAGGUGUUAUGAUGAACGGUCAAAGUCCUGCUCCGGCAGCCAGUGAUGGCAUUACCCCGCUCCAGCAGAUGGUGGCGUCCUGCUCCGGAGCCAUUCUCACAUCAUUAUUUGUUACACCUUUGGAUGUUGUGAAGAUCAGACUGCAAGCGCAGAAAACGCCCUUCCCCAAAGGGAAAUGCUUCGUCUACUGCAAUGGACUUAUGGACCACAUAUGUGUGUGUGAAAAUGGCAACUCCAGGGCGUGGUACAAAGCCCCGGGUCACUUCAGUGGCACUCUGGAUGCUUUUAUCAAGAUAGUACGUUGUGAAGGAAUCAAAUCCUUAUGGAGUGGCCUCCCUCCGACCCUUGUGAUGGCAGUCCCAGCUACAGUGAUCUAUUUCACGUGUUACGACCAGCUGUAUGCAGCCUUGAGGCUCAGGAUGGGCGACCGCGCUCAGGAGGCUCCUCUCCUGGCUGGAGCCAUCGCAAGAGUGGGCUCUGUGACAGUGAUCAGCCCCUUGGAGCUGAUCCGCACUAAGCUGCAGUCUCAGAAACAGUCGUACAGGGAGGUGAUUGACUGUAUUCGCUCAGCGGUGGAGGCACAGGGCUGGCUGUCUCUGUGGAGGGGCCUGGGCCCCACGCUGCUCAGAGACGUGCCCUUCUCAGCCAUGUACUGGUACAACUAUGAGAGAGCAAAGGGCUGGCUGUGUGAACACUACAGCACCAGAGAGCCCACGUUCGCCAUCACCUUCAUAUCUGGAGCAGCGUCUGGCUCUGUUGCUUCCAUAGCAACAUUACCUUUUGAUGUUGUCAAGACUAGAAGACAGGUGGAGCUCGGGGAGCUACAAGCAAAAAAAUUGUCCUGUCAGGUCUCCUCCUCCACCUUCAGUGUGAUGAGCAGGAUUGUGGCAGAGAACGGUGUCGGUGGACUUUUUGCAGGUUUUCUGCCCAGGCUGAUAAAAGUGGCCCCGGCCUGUGCCAUAAUGAUCAGCACCUACGAGUUUGGGAAGGCCUUUUUCCGCCAGUACAACCAGGAGAGAUUACUGGGACCACUGCAGACCAGUAACACCUGAUGGCCGCCCGAUGUUUUUAUCUGCUGAAUUUCUCCAAUCUGCGCCACGAGCAGCCCUGCUGAUCUUGCCAUACCAAAAAAAAAAAAAAAAAACGCACAGAAAUACAAGUGAAAAAUUAAAACACUGGGACUGCUGA